UCUCGAACCUAUAUAUAAAUAAGUUUUACCAGAAUGAACUCUCUGUCUCCCAACCCCAACCAGAUUGAUUUUACUAGAUCUAACAACAGUUUCGAUAAUACCAUCCCUCUGAAGUCUGAACCAUGGCAUUCAGAGAAUUUUUAAAGGAAGUAGAAGUUGCCUUUCAAGAUGACAGCGAAAAGUAUGAUCAAUUCCGCAAACUCUGGGUAGAUAUGAAAUAUAGAAAAAUUCCUUUUAGUGUUUUCAAAGCAAAAUUCAAGCCCUUGUUUGAAGGGCAUAAAUAUUUAGUUUUGGAAUUCAACCAACUUGUGAGAUUCUAACAUAGAAUAGAGUGUAAAGAUGCAUCAGAGUUUUUUCAAGCAGUAAAAGUUGUUUUAAAAGAUGAUGAUUAUCAAGAUUUUAUUCAAGUUUUUCAAGAUUACAGGACAAGGAAGAUUGAUGAAAGGUGUAUUUUGGCAAGACUGAAGGUGCUGCUUAGAGGCCAUGCUUAUUUAAUCAGCCAGAUGAACACCUUAGUUCAUCCUCGGUUUCAUCUCACACUUCCUUGUUGGGAUCAACUUCACUGGGAUCUACUUUCUGUUAUUUCACAAAAACUCGAUUUUGACGACCUCUUUCAAUUUUCUCGUGUCUGCACCAAUUGGAGACUUUUUCAUAAAUCAAUAGAUAAAUCAAAUUUCUUGACAUCCCAAGAACCACUACUUCUUGAGUUUUUUAAGUCUCCUGUUAAGUUACCAUAUUCCUUUACUAGCCUACCCAAUCAAAAAGUUUAUCCCUUGAACAAGAUGAUGCUGAAAAUGUUGAGUUACUCUUAUGAUGGCUCCUUCCCUAUCUAUGUUACCUGUUCUAGUGGAUAUUUUGUCAUUAUAGCGGACAAUUCUUCCAUUCUGCUCAUCAAUCCGUUUACACAAAUAAAGAAGAAGGUAAGCUGUCCUUCCACGUUUAAGUCUAAAUUCUGCCCUCAACAUCAUUACCGUGCAUUACUUGCUUUUGACAAAUGCUCCGAGGAGGAAUUUGUUUUGGUAUUUUUAUUCGAUUACUCCAACAGUCUGUAUGUCUAUCAAUCUCGACAUAAUGGUUGGGUUACUUCUUCCAUUAGCUUCUACCCUAAUGAGGACCCUAACAAGAACCCUUAUGAUGUCGAGGAUGGUUUUAUCAACCUUGUUGUUGACUUUGUGGCUUUGAACAAUAUAAUAUAUGUUCUUACUUUGGAGGCCAGGAUAGGGGUACUCUGUUUGAAUUCGAAUUAUGCAAAUAUUGAAUAUCUAAAUAUGGUGAAUACCCCCGAAUUCGAAUUACCAUUUGAAUUAGAGUUAGAGAGAUCAUCCUUUAACUUGGUUACAUGUGAUGAACAACUUUUACUAGUUCGAUUAAAUCCUGAUUUUGGAGAUGGUCCUCCACCAGAUAAAAGAGUCUACAAGAUAGACUUCUCAACCAUGACUUAUGUCGAACUCGAAAUCUUGGGGGACAUUGCAUUAUUUUAUUUGUUUGGAAAGCUGUAAGGCAUUGAGCAACCCGAAUAGAUGGGGUUAUGAGAGCAACUCUGUGUAUCAAGUUUGUAGUCAUGGCUGCACCAAAACUUGUACCGUUUAUAAUUGGGAUACAAAAUCCAACAAAUACAUUGCCCCUCCAAAUCCUGAAACAAAUGGCACUAUCUUUAAAUGAAUUGUUUUUGGGUGUUUGAGAAGUUAAAUCUGAGGCACCGGAUACAGCGCCUGCUAAAAAUGGAUCAAGCUUUAAUCAGCUUCUUGGUAUUAAAGGAGCUUCUCAAGAAUCAGAAAUUUCCAUUGGGACUUUGAGGAUGUUGCUAAAUCAAUUUUGUGCAUGAUUAUGUCUGGUCCAUUCAUUACAGGAUAUACACAGGUAAUCGUUUUUGUUGCUGAUAUAAAUUUUUUACCGAACCAUCAUUAGAUCGGAGUAUAAUACAGACGGGUGUCAAUGAAUUGUUGGUAUUUAAAUUUUAGACUCGGAAUGAUUGGUAUGACCGAGAAAUCAAUGCAAUAAAUGAACCUUAUAGACCAAUUCCUUCUGGUGCAAUAUCUGAGAACGAGGUAAUCACUCAAAUAUGGGUGCUGCUACUAGUAGGUCUUACUUCGGCGGGUAUAUUGGAUAUAUAGGUCGGUACUGCAUAUAAAAAUUACAGGAUCCGUCUCUUCUUAAUGCAAAUGAUCAGAAACUCGGUUGCAAAAUUCUUCUCCUUAACAGGCAGGGCAUGAUUCCCCUAUACUUUUUUACCUUGCGUUGGAUGGAUCCCUGCGGUCGAAUAUAUAUUCUGCACCUCCUUUAAAGCUAAAACAAAACGGAUGGAUCGGAAACUUUGCCCUUGGAGCAAGUUACAUUAGUUUGCCAUGGUGUGGUAUCUUCUACUUCGAUAAUUAUUUGCUAUAUGUUUAAGCUGUUAUUAUCCUUGUUACGGUGUUAUCGAAUAUUGGCCAUGAAGGCGCCAUGGUGGAUAUUAGUGGCGGGUUUUUCCGCCAUAGUCUACUAUGAUGGCGCCUCAAAGCGCCUGGUAUGGCGGGAUUUUGGCUCUUUGCCUUGGACCGUAAUCUACGAUUGACAACACUGGCUUGUUUUGAACAUUUGGUUUUUGUUGAUUCAUUGAUUUCAUUUACAAUUAGGUGGGCUGGUCAAGCUUUGUUUGGGACUCUUACACCAGACAUUAUUGUUCUCACACUCCUUUACAGCAUAGCUGGCUUGGGAAUUGCCAUAGUUAAUGAUUUCAAAAGUGUUGAAGGAGAUAGAGCUCUAGGACUUCAGUCUCUUCCUGUCGCUUUUGGCGAGGAAACUGCAAAGUGGAUAUGCGUCGGCGCUAUCGACAUAACACAAUUAUCUAUCGCUGGAUAUCUACUCGGGGCUGGUAAACCGUAUUACCCGUUGGCUCUACUUGCCUUAAUAGUUCCACAAGUCGUAUUUCAGUUCAAGUAUUUCCUCAAGGACCCUGUGAAAUAUGAUGUUAAAUAUCAGGCUAGUGCGCAACCGUUUUUGGUUCUUGGUCUGUUGGUUACUGCUCUAGCAACAAGCCAUUGAUAAAAAAAUGUUGAAGGGAGAGUCACACCAGUUAGAAGGAACUUAACAAAUUUGUGGCUUUUGUUAGUUACUUACAUUGAAGAUGUGUGCCAUAGUUUUUGUUUGUCGCCCGCCCUGCAUAUAGGGUUAUUAUCAAGGCUUAUACUCAUUUAACUUUUUUGUUUUUUCCUCUUAAUUUUUGUUUUGUUCUUGUAUCUUCUCUUAUCCUCCUAAAUUUUUGAUGAUUUCUAAGUUAAGGUCGAGCAAAGUAUAUUUUUAGGAAGCCUUUAAAUAAGAAUAAUUGUACAAAAUGUAUUGCAGACAUAUUCACGUAUACAAUUCCCGUACAUGGUUUCUUCAUAAAUGUGUAAAUAAAUUUUAUGCAUACUUCUCUCAUACAUAUCUCACCAUAUACUAUUUUAAAAAUCAUAGAAUUUAUAUUGUUAACAUUAAACUAUUGGUUAAUUACAUGCCAUCAAUGCCACUAGGAACAGAAAUGAUAAUGCCUUGACCAUCUUCCACAACACUGGGUUUGGGUGUUUGAAUGGGAGAAGACUUUUUGAAGAGAAAAAAAAAAGUGAAAAAUGGAUAAUUUUUUAAAAGAAUGUCUUUAUAAAGAAAGAUAACU